AUGUACCCAAAGUGGAACAAUAUUACGUCUGAGAGCCAAGCUUUCGCAGCAGAGGUACGUGGCAUAGAAGCUUGGUGGCAAUCAGACAGACAGAAGCACAUCAAACGACCAUACACAGCAAAGUCAAUUGCCGCCUUACGAAACAUUGGAUUCAAGAUUGAGUACCCAUCUAGUGUCCAAGGUAGGAAGCUUUGGCGCAUCUUGAACGAACACAAUGAGAAUGGCACGUACGAGUUGACCUUUGGAACCACUGAGCCGCUCAUUGCAAAGGAGAUGGCGAACUCGAUGCAAACCGUUUAUGUAUCUGGGGCCCUCUGUGGUCUAUCCCAGGCAACUUGGCCAGGCGAAGACCACGCAGAUUACCCUGCCGACUUGGUUCCAUCCGUCGUGAAGCGCAUCUUCAACACGCAACUCUUUCACGACCAGCGCCAGACCCAACUGCGUAUGAGAUACUCCGAAGCCGACCGAGAGGCGUUGGAGUGCAUCGACUACAUGUUGCCCAUCGUCGCGGAUGCUGACAUGGGAUUCGGGACUCUGACCGGAUGUAUGAAGUUGACUCGGAGCUUUGUGGAAGCUGGCGUUGCUAUGAUUCAUAUUGACGACCUCGCAAUGGGUUUGAAGAAGUUUACGAAUGGCGAGGGUCGAACAAUUGUUCCUACGUCGGACUACUUGUCCAGGUUGACAACUGUCAGAAUGACUUUUGACAUCAUGGGAGCGGACACUAUGCUUCUAUGCCGUUGUGACAGCGAUCAUGCCGAGUUUAUCACCAGUGUGAUUGACCCCCGAGACCACCCGUAUGUUCUUGGAGCUACCAACCCGGUCCCUUCUUUCAUUCAAGCUCUGGAGGCUGGGAAGACCGAGGGAAAGAAUUAUUUGACUGUAAAGGAUGAGUGGAAAGCCUCGGCAGGAUUGAUGACCUUCGACGAGGCCGUCAAAUCCGUCGCGACGGAAGAUCAAUACAACGCUUACAUUGCAGAGAUUGGGGACGCAGCUGUGGCUUUGCAAGCCCGACGAGCCGCUGCCAAGCAUAUCAUCGGAGAAGAAAUCAUGUUCGACUGGGAACUCCCAAGGACUCCUCUUGGUCAGUACAUGUGGCAAUGGAGUACGAAGGCCGUCAUCGACCGAUGCAUUCUCGCAGCCCCUCUAGGAGACGUUACAUGGAGCCGUCAAGACAAGAAGGAUAUGCACGACUUCCAUGCCGCCUUGAGAGAAGUUUACCCCAACCGUCUCUUCGCUUUUGGAUACACUGGCGCAUACGACUUUAGUAAAGGCGGAUACUCGGCGGAAGAAGUAGAGACAUUCCCCGCGGAUAUUGCCAAGAUGGGUAUCGUAUGGCAGGUGCAGCCAAUCUGGGCCACGCAGGGCUUGAGCCUGCACGCCAAGCAGUUUGCGGAAAAGUUCACGAAGGGAGGCAUUGCCGGUUACAUGCGAGACGUGGCUGCUCCCGCCAUUGCCGGCAUGGCUACUGAUAAGUACGGGAAGCCAACGUCCCGUGGGGGAUAUCUGGCCGACGCGUUCUUUGAUGUUGUUGGAGGAGGGGAAAUCACGGACCGUGUCUGA